AAAAUAUAAAGUAUAAAGAAUAACUAGUUAAUUAUGUCAGAAAUUCGUAGUUAUUUCCUUGGAAAAAUCUGCACAACAUGAGAGCACAGUGGGUCGUUGAAAAAUUAUUGCUGUACCUAUGAUACACACAGAGAGAACUUUUGGCGGAAAUCGAAAGAAAGGUAGGGAAGUAGAUUCUAGUGCAAAAUAAUAAUAUUUUACGGCACACGUGAUAAAUCAAAAAUAAAUAAUUAUCACUGAAAGCCUACUGUCAGAAACAUCUGAAGUUUUAUUUAUUAUGAAACAGCUGCUGUCUGCAAUGCGUUGCCGUUGAGAAGAAAUUCAAAAAUUAUAUAUAUCAUUUCCAUAUUUCUGAGGCAGCUAUCUUCAAGCUUAUAAGCAGCUGUUGGCGCAUUUCCUUCUACCUGAUCAAUCUGAUGUUUAUACAUCCAAUUUUGUUUUCUGGUCUAGUCAUUUUUUGUUUUAUGGUAUUACCAAAUCUAAUCUUAUCUGGCGUUGUUGUGAAAAGUGUUGUACAUGAUAAUUGCCCGGGAUGUUAUUAUAAUGGAAAAUGUAUGUGUUCUAAUCAAACUAUCAUGUUAAGAAGAACAUAUGAUUGUAUUCUUCUAGAAUGCAGAGGAAACUACGCUGACAUUAAGAAAAUGUUUUGCCUAGAUCCCAAUGGAAAUUGUAUGGCCCAUGAAGACAAAUGGCGUGGUCGCAUCAAAAAUACGUGUGUAACAUUUUACUGUGAAAUUAUCAAUGAUAAGGCGCAACUAAGUGUGGUCUUUGAUCUAGUUUGUUUCCCAGAUCAUGUCGUCGGAAGUAUGAUGUAUUUUAUGGGACCCCACAUCGCACUAUGUUAAAAAAAAAUCGAUAUUGGAUAGUUUCAAUCUGGUCGCAAUAAAAUGAUAUCAACACCGAAA